AUGAUGAGAUGUCAGCAACUGUUCGUUUUUCAUUACUGUGCCCCAUGCCUUCGCGCACAACGUCUACGGCCAGGUUCUCGCCAUGAACGCAUUAUCCGAACAAGGGCAUUCUCUGCUGGGCUAAGAGGUGUUUCGCAACAUGAACAAACUCAAUCAAGAGAGAGUGGCCAAGAGAAACGAGAUGGGAUAUCCAGUGCAGAGGAGGGCGCAAUGUCAAGAAUGCUAUCCUUAAUGGCGGACGAAUCGAUGUUAGAAGGCGGGAGAUCCUCCCGCAAAAACAUGCAAGAGGCAGGCUUCUCCGAAGAGUUGAAAAAGAAGCUAGAGGAGAGGAUUGCAGAGAGUACUUUUCGAAAUGAGAAUGCUGCUGCGUUCUCUCUUGUCAAUAUGCCGGCCAGUGCCGGCAGAGGAACCCAAGAUAUCGCUGCAGCGGCUCCGUGGACAGGGACCGAAUCCAUCCACGACGCCUCACUCCGGAUGCUACACGAUGCAAGCAAGCCAAUACGAGUCCCAUUUAAGCCCCCGCAGCCCGGUCCGAAGAACCUGCUCCCAACGGUGAAAAAGUCCAUAUCAUCGAGCGAGCGCCUCGCCGCCGCUCGCGAUCGCACAUCCACCUACGCCCUAAGUCGGGACCCCAACAUGUCCGAACGGGAGCGCGAAGCGAUCCGUAGAGAACUACAAGAGCGAUUCACGCCUGGCGCGCGCGCGAUCACACCUCAUGGACUUAGCUCGCUGGCAAACGAGCGCAUCGAAGAUGCAAUCGCCCGUGGCCAGUUCCGGAAUAUCCAACGCGGCAAGGGAAUCAACACUGAACGUGAUCACAACGCAAGCAGCCCCUAUAUCGACACGACAGAAUACCUGCUGAAUAAGAUUAUUCAGAAACAGGAAGUUACCCCACCAUGGAUUGAGAAGCAACAGGAGGUAGCGAAAGAGGUUGAUCGGUUUCGGAGGCGGUUGCGUAGUGAUUGGAAGAGACACGCUGUGCGGCUCAUUGCAAGCCAGGGUGGAUCACUGGAAAGUCAGAUUCAGCGAGCGCGGGGUUAUGCCGCUGCGGAAGUACGGUUGGGCAAUAACGGACAGAAUACGUCGCAUACGGCAGAAACCAAUGCAAAAGCACCCGAAUCCCAUAACAACUCCUCCGCAUCUCAACAUCUCCCAUCUGUCCCACCACUGCGAGAUGCCGACUACCUAAAAAUCGAACAGGCAUACCAUAACCUGACAGUUAAAAACCUCAAUGCACUAAUAAGGUCCUACAACCUUAUGGCUCCCCCCGUUGCUCAGAAACCCUACCUGAAACUCGAGCGUGAAUUGCUCUCCUGCUACGCGGACGUGGCACCGUCUCUACCAGGCGAACUGCAACGGAGAGCAACAGAGAAGUUACGCAAUUCGACUCGUAGUAUUCCACCAGGGCUCCAUGAGUCCGGUUUACUUAAAAGUCUAUCUCUGACGCAAAACGUGCGGCUUCAUGAGGAGAAUCCGUCCAAGCGGUAUGGAUUUAAACAAUUCUGGCGAGAUCUAUGGAACCGGAAUGAUACUGCGACCGGCUAA